AUGGCCGCUACGGCACAUGGCCACACGAAUGGCGUCAAUGGUCACUCCAAGAUCAAAUCUUUCGCGCGAUUCUCCGACGUCCCGACCGCGAUUGAUGUCCCAGUGGGAGCAGAUGCGGGCGAUGGUGAUGAAGCUGUCAACAUUGACUUGACAGAACAGCUGGACGACGUGAACGAACUGUGUGAUUUGCUCCAAAACGAGAAUGCCGCGCGCAAUUACUGGAUCACCAUUGCCUUCUCCUACGCGAAACAGAACAAUGCGGACUUUGCGAUUGAAAUCCUGCAGAGAGGAUUGGACGCCCAGGCACAAGGGCCGGCGGAGGAUCGCCUGAGCAUUUUGGCUUGUCUCUGCUGGCUGUUCUUGUGGAAGUGCCGUCGAGCACCCAGAGUGAAACCAACUCAGGGUGCCGGCGAUGACCGGACGAAGGAGCAUUGGUUGUCCGCUGCGACUAGCAUCCUCAACGAUGCUUCGAGGAUCAGCCCUUCGUACCCACCAUUGUUCCUUGCUAGAGGAACUCUCUAUCUCCUACGCGCCUCUUUACAACCAGUCAAAUACGGCCCUGGCUCUGAGCUGUCCGAUCGGAAUGAGACACUCAAGCAGGCUACCAAAUGCUUUGACGAUGCGUACAGAGUGUCGGGGCAGAAGAACAUAUUGGCAAUCAUUGGAAGGGCAAAGGCGAUUUUCUCGAUGGGUAAAUUUGCGGAGGCAUAUGUGUUGUACCAAACAGCCCUCGAGCGGGCGCCGGACAUGAUAGACCCAGAUCCGCGCAUUGGUCUUGGCUGCUGUCUUUGGCAGCUCGGCCACAAGGUCAAUGCGAAGGAGGCGUGGGAGCGUGCUUUGGUUCUGAAUAAGGACUCGAAGAGCGCGAAUAUCCUGCUGGGACUGUAUCACCUGGACGAGAGCGGCCACUACAACUCCAACGAUCCCGAGUUUGCACCAAUCUACCGAAAGGCCAUGACAACCUACACACAAACGGCCUUCAAGAUCGAUGACAYGCACGCGCYUUCUUGCUCCACGUUCGGCGGAUACUUCCUGCUCCGAAAGACAUGGCCAAAUGUGGAGCGCUUGGCCAGACGCGCGAUUGAGCAUACCGACGUCAACGCUAUUGCCAGUGACGGGUGGUAUCUGCUCGCGCGAAAAGACCAUUACGAGGGUGACUUGGCAAAGGCACAGGACCACUACAACAAGGCAGAUCAAGCACGCGGCGGUGACGACCGAGGGUACCUACCGGCCAAAUUCGGAGUUGCGCAGCUCAAGACAUUGAUGCACGAUUACGACGGUGCCAAGUUCCGACUCGAGAAGAUGAUGUCGACCAACAAGAGCGUGGAAGCAAUGACGCUACUUGGCAUACUACACGCAGAGGAGGUCUUCACAAGCCAAGCCUCGGAGUCCAAGGAUGACAAGAGCGCGGAGCGGAAAAAGGCAAUUGCUUUGCUAGAAUCAGUACGCGUGGCGUGGAAAGAUGGCAAGAAAAAGAUCACGCCGGACAACAACGUCUUGCUGAAUCUUGCGAGAUUGUAUGAGCUGGACCAACCGGAAAAGGCACUAGCAUGCCUGCAGCAGGUUGAGCACAUGGAGAUGGACGACAUUUCGGAGGACGACUUGCCAGAGGACAUCGCUGAGGGCCCCGCUGCAAUCGAAAGCGCGAAGAGAGACAUGCUGAGCCCGCAACUGCUGAACAACAUCGGCUGCUUUCAUUUCCAAGCCGAAAAGUUCUUAACGGCCAGAGAAUACUUUCAGGCAGCCCUCCGGUCAAGUGUUUCGAUCAGCAAUAAGGACAACUCGAUUGAUACAGACACUCUCGUUUCCACCAUCAGCUUCAACUUUGCUCGAACAUACGRGGCCGAGGGCAUGGAUGAUGAAGCACAGAAUAUAUACAACGGCUUGCUUACUCGACACCCGGAUUAUGUCGAUGCCCGAGCUCGUAUGGCUUACAUCGCUCUUCGAUCUGAUCCAGCAAAGGGCGCAGAGGCCAUCAAGCAACUUCUACAGGCAGAACCUGACAAUCUCGAAGUUCGCAGCUUGUACGGAUGGUACAUAAAUCGACACAAGAAGCGCACAUUGGCUCUGCCAGAAGAUCAGGAGCAGCGACAUUACAAGCACACCCUGAUGGAGAAGGACAAGCACGACAUAUACUCCCUCACUGGCAUGGGCAAUCUGCAUCUCGCAGUGGCAAGAGAAAUGCCCAAAGACACCGACCAGCACAAGGAGCGCCGCAGCAAGACCUACAUGCGGGCGGUGGAGUUCUUCGACAAGGUCCUAUCGCUAGAUCCCAAGAAUGCCUUUGCUGCGCAAGGAAUGGGAAUCGCCAUGGUCGAAGAGAAGAAGGAAACAAGCGCAGCCAUUCAGAUCUUCUCGAAAGUGAGAGAGAGCAUCAAGGACGCCUCCGUGCACAUCAACUUGGGACACGUCUUCUGCGAGCUGAAGCAAUUCAGCCGUGCCAUUGAAAACUAUGAGCUUGCCCUGCAAAAGUCAAGAGACGCAGAUCCCCAUAUCAUGGCUUGUCUAGGACGGGCUUGGCUGAUGCGAGCCAAGGUUGAACGAGACUUGGUUGCGUACAAGACGAGUCUGGAGUAUUCCGUGCAAGCACUGCAGCAAGCUCCGGAGAACAUCAAUUUCAAGUUCAACGUGGCUUUUGUGCAAAUUCAGAUCGCGCAGCAGAUGAUUUCGCAGCCCGAAUCCAACAAGACACUCGCAGAUGUGGAGGUUGCGAGCAAAGGCUUGGAUUCCGCCAUUGAAUCUUUCAUUCAAAUCGCCAAGGGUCCCAAUCCGCCUUUCCCCAGGAACGAUAUCGAACAACGCGCGAACAUGGGUCGGAAUACCAUGAAGCGCCAGCUUGCAGGUGCAAUGGAGAAACAAGCCGAGUACGAGCGCAAGAAUGCCACUCGCCUGGAAGAGGCGAGGAAGCGUCGAGAAGAGGAAAUUCGCAAACGCGAGGAACAGAAGCGAAUCGAUUUGGAGAAGGCUGAGGAGAGGAAGCGUGAGAUCGCUGCCCAGCGUGAGAAGAUCGCACAAGAAGAUCGCGAGCAAAUUGCCAAGCGACUUGAGGAGGAGAAGGCGAGGGAAGAGGCAGAGUACACCACGGACCCUGACACUGGAGAGCGAAAGAAGCGGGAGAAGCGGCCCAAGGAGAAGCGCCCGAAGCGGAAAAAGAAGGGCGAAGACAGCGACACGGAUGAAGGUGCACUCUAUGCUUCUGGUGAGGAAGGGAGACGAAGCCGACCCCGGAGCAAGGCUGCAAGCGCGACGGGUAGCGAUGGAGAGGCGCCGCGAAAGAAGAAGAAGAGACGCUUGGAGAGAAAGGGCAAGGCGGUCCCAAAUUCCAAGUAUAAGAGUGCGGAAACCGUGCAAGAUUCGGAUGAGGAUGACAAUGCCGGUAUCGAGGCUGCUGCACCCAAGUCCUCGGCGGAUGUGGAUGCAGAUGCGGWCACGCCAGGGGCGAGCGACGCAGUGGACGAGACGAUGGCCACUGGCGGCGAUGAAGACGAAGACGAAGCUGUUGCCCGGCCUGCACAACGAAAGAAGGCGACUCGUAUCUUAGACGACGAUGACGAGGACGAGGAACAAGAGGUGCCGGCCGUGAAUGGCGGCGAUACUUCCAUGGCUGACGACACUGUUGCGGCUGCUGGGGACUCCGAUCAUGGCGGUGGAUAG